AUGGCGAAUCCACUGCAAUCAUUCGACUCUCCACGGCGGUCGAAUGCCUUUGGACGUCAACCAGACGAGCUGCAUAUCCCAUCCACCGGUCAAAUCAACUCCACCCCCUCUUCUCGUCAGACAUCCACCCACGAUUACCCCACGACGCCAGACACGGGCGCUACCACCCAAGUGCCCGCAAUCAACGUCCAUUCGAACACAUCCUCGAUGCAGCAGCAUCCGGGUAGUGGCCCGGGCAGUGGACACAGUAGCGCGACCCUCCCUGGCUCGCUGGCCCCCGGAGGUCAGCACCGCCCGCCGCCGGUCUCGCCCAACACAGCUCCCUCGAACAAUCCCACCUUACCACAGACCACACCACAGCAGACCAGCCACAGUCAUCGCACAGGCAUGGCCAAUUCGCAUGCCCACUCACGCUCCAGUCCCGCGGGCUUCGAUCAAUCGCCCAUGCACCGACAACAUGGACCCGCGGAUUCUGCAAAAUACCCAACCUCCCCCGGCGCGGGCUUCCCGCCUCAGACCCCGCAGGGCUCGAAAUACUCGCCAUUGGGGCUGGCAGACAUUCGACCACCGGGGGAUCACCUGCUGGGGGACUCGCUCAUGAGUCCCGGAUCGCUGCCGUACAAUGGUGAUACCCAGGUCCCGACGAAUAGCAACUACGUGGCGCCAUGGCCCAUUUAUGCCGUCGAUUGGUGCAAGUGGCCCAUCUCAGGAAGCUCCAGCUCGUUCGGGGGCAAGCUGGCCGUGGGAAGCUAUCUGGAGGACAAUCAUAACUAUAUUCAAAUCAUCGACACACAUUGGACGCAACCCGAUCCAGACACGCCAGACGCUGCUGCGGGAGAGAUCAAAUUGGAAUACGUCAAGACCGCCGAGGCCACCCAUUCUUACCCUGUCACACGAAUUCUUUGGGAACCACCCUCAUCCCAGAAGCAGUCCACAGAUCUGUUGGCGACAUCGGGCGAUCAUCUGCGGCUCUGGUCGCUUCCAAACGCUCAGACCGUACCGAGCUCCAAUUCGAUUACCCGUCCAACAAAUGCCCGGGAUGCGCCACCGGCGAAGCUGUCUCCACUGGCACUCCUGUCAAAUUCGAAAUCACCCGAACAUACGGCCCCAAUUACCUCACUAGACUGGAAUACCAUUUCCCCGAGUCUGAUCAUCACAUCCAGCAUCGAUACCACCUGUACCAUCUGGGACAUUCCAACUUUGACAGCCAAGACGCAGCUGAUUGCACAUGACAAGGAAGUGUAUGACGUUCGGUUUUGCGCAAAUAGUGUGGACGUCUUUGUCAGCUGCGGCGCGGAUGGAAGCGUGCGCAUGUUUGAUCUGCGAAGCUUGGAACACAGUACUAUCAUUUAUGAACCUUCGGAAAAGACCGAGAAGCCCGUGAUGAGCCCCGGGUCAUCUAGCCCAUCCAAUCCAUCUCAAUCGGGCAUGUGGCCACCGCCUCUACUGAGAAUCGCCGCAUCCCCUCAUGACGCGCACCUUCUUGCCACUUUUUCUUCAGACUCCAACGUUGUCCGGGUGCUUGAUGUCCGACAACCUGGACAAGCUCUCCUCGAGCUCAAGGGCCACUCCGCGUCGUUGAACUGCGUGGAAUGGUCCCCCAAUCGACGAGGCGUCCUUGCGUCGGGAGGCGACGACAGCCUCGUCCUGAUUUGGGAUCUCAUCAAUCAGCAAAAUGCCGUGCCCUUGUCUUCAAAUCCAGCCUCUGCCACUCCUGCACAGGGUACAACAUCAGAGCGAGGUCCUGCCGCUGCCUGGCAGUGCGAUUACGAAGUCUCCAACAUCAGCUGGUCUCCUCAAGGUGGACCAAGCCAUACGGGCCAACCACGCGAAUGGCUCGGUGUUUGUGGUGGACGAGGUAUCUGGGGUGUCGCUCUUUGA